GCCCCCGAGGCCCCCGGCGGCGGCGGACUCAGCAAGUGCUCCUGCGAGGGCCCCGCCUGCGACUGCUGCGUCGACUUCAACCUGACCUUCAUCGACCUCGGCGGUCCAGGCUGCGUGAGGAUGAAGUACGUCUCCCCGGAGGACGGCAUCGCCGUGAACGUCUCGUACGGGGACAGCCUGCUGCACAGCGAGGCCGUGAAAGGCGCGAACCCGCCGCCCGCCUGCAUCGACGUGCUGUCCGACCUGGCGCAGCUGUGCGCGCGCUUCGUGGACCUGGCGCCGACGCGCGACGGGCUGCGCUGGUGCCUGCAGGUGGAGCCCACGCUGCUGGGCGGCGCGCAGGCCGAGUACCACGUGGGCUGCUUCCGCAUGGCGCCCGCCGGCAUGCAGCUCGACCCGGCCUACAACCGCACCCGCCCGCCGCCAGCCAGCAGCGCGGGGACUGAGGCGCCGGCCGAGGAGGCGCAGAUCAACGAGGAGGCGCUGCUGGCGGCGGUGAGCGAGUCCGCGGAGCAGGGCAUCGCCUUCUUCAGCAACCUGCUGGGGCUGGCGCUCGCCCCCGACAACACCACCACGGCCCCUGACGUCACCACCGCGCAGCCGCCAGCCGCCGGGAAGCACCACUCCGCGCGCUCCGCCCUCAACGGCCUCGAGUGACGGCCGCGGCUUGCCCCCGCCCUAUUUAUUGUAUUUAUUCCUCCCGCCAACAUCGCUUAGCAGGUUAACAGCAUGAGGUCUCCCGUUUAAGAGGCCACUCCAGUGUUUCAGGGGCACUACGCAACCCGCGUUAACCUCAUACGAUUCAAUGUUAUUUUCAUUUUGCUUAUAACUAAUUAACUAAUGCAGAUUUCGAAAUGAUGCU